AAUUUAUUCUUGACAAGAAGUUUGAACUGACAGAUUUAUGAAUCUAACCGACACAAACUGUUGCCCCGCAACAUUGAUUACAGUGCGAGUCGGGUCGGGUCAGGUAGGCUCAGGUUGCUAAAAUGGGCGUGGAAAAUGCCCAUGAUCCCCUCCAUAGCGUACUACACGUCAGUCCAUUGCAUUUAGCAGGAGUAGCCUAUCUUGCUCUGCUAUAGGAUCUUUGGUAACGAUCGACGGAGCGGGUAGGACAGGCUGUCGAGGACGGAAUUGUUCCAAAAUCAUGGAGAAAGACAAGAACAAGAGGAAGCUGCGGAUCUGUGUAGCAACGUGCAACCGGGCAGAUUAUUCUAAGCUUGCCCCCAUCAUGUUUGGUAUCAAGGAGCAAUCUGAUGGCUUUGACCUCAAAGUUGUUGUUUUAGGAUCUCAUUUAAUUGACGACUAUGGGAACACGUACCGUAUGAUUGAACAGGAUGACUUUGACAUUAACACCAGGCUGCACACGAUCGUGCGGGGUGAGGAUGAGGCGGCCAUGGUGGAGUCAGUGGGCCUAGCUCUCGUCAAGCUGCCUGACGUGUUGAACCGCUUGCAGCCAGAUGUGAUGAUUGUUCACGGGGACAGGUUUGAUGCUUUAGCUGUCGCCACCUCGGCUGCCUUGAUGAAUAUUCGCAUCUUGCACAUCGAGGGGGGCGAGGUGAGUGGGACCAUCGACGACUCGAUUCGCCACGCCAUCACCAAGCUGGCGCACUACCACGUGUGCUGCACCCGCAGUGCCGAGCAACACCUCAUCGCCAUGUGUGAGGAACACGACCGCAUCCUGCUCUCUGGCUGCCCCUCCUACGACAAGCUGCUCUCCGCACACUCCAAGGAUUACAUGGGCAUCCUGCAAACCUGGCUGUGUGAAGAUGUGAAGUCUCGAGAGUACAUUGUGGCUCUUCAACAUCCGGUCACCACUAACAUUAAGCAUUCCGUUAAGAUGUUUGAGUUUACGCUCGACGCUCUGAUAACAUUUGGCAAACGCACCUUGAUCCUGUUUCCCAACAUUGAUGCAGGAAGUAAGGAGAUGGUGCGGGUGAUGAGAAAGAAGGGCAUUGAGAAGAACCCCAACUUCCAUGCCGUCAAGCACAUUCCCUUUGAACAGUUCAUCCAGCUGGUUGCCCACGCGGGGCUGAUGAUCGGUAACAGUAGCUGUGGGGUGCGGGAGGCUGGGGCAUUUGGCACGCCCGUCAUCAACCUUGGCACACGCCAAACCGGCAGAGAAACAGGUGAGAAUGUCCUCCAUGUGCGAAACGCAGACAGUCAGAACAAGAUUAUUCAAGCCCUGCAGCUGCAGUUCGGCAAGUUAUACCCCUGUUCGAAAAUAUACGGUGAUGGGAAUGCUGUUCCUCGGAUACUGAAGUUUCUGAAGUCAAUAGACAUCGCGGAACCCUUGCAGAAGAAGUUCUGCUUCCCUCCGGUGAAGGAGUGCAGCUCGCAGGAUAUCGACCAUAUUCUGGAGAUACAGUGCGCAUUGGCCGUGGACCUGGGCGGAACCAACCUGCGGGUCGCCAUUAUUGACAUGAAGGGUGAAAUCAUGAAAAAAUAUGUCCAGUCCAAUCCCAAAACCUACAAGGAGAGGAUUGAGUUGAUUCUGAAGAUGUGCACAGAGGCAGCAGCAGAGUCAGUCAACCUGAACUGCAGGAUCCUGGGCGUGGGUGUCUCGACGGGAGGCCGGGUGAAUCCUGGUGAGGGGGUGGUACUCCACUCCACCAAGCUGAUCCAGGAGUGGGUGUGCGUGGAUCUGCGCACACCCAUAUCGGACGCUCUCCACCUGCCCGUCUGGAUGGAUAACGAUGGCAACUGUGCCGCUCUGGCAGAGAAGAAGUUUGGUCGUGGCAAAGGCGUGGAAUGUUUUGUGGUGAUCAUCACCGGCACAGGCAUUGGAGGGGGCAUCAUCCACAACAACGAGCUGAUCCAUGGCAGCAUGUUCUGUGCGGCUGAGCUGGGACACAUCAUGGUGUCGCUAGACGGGCCCGAGUGUACGUGUGGCAGCAAGGGUUGCAUCGAGGCCUACGCCUCAGGGGUGGCGCUGCAGAGGGAGGCCAAGAGACUGCAUGAUGAGGACUUGCUGAUGAUGGAUGGCAUGUCCAAGAGUGGAGGGGCAGUGAGUGCCAUCGACCUCGUCUGUGCUGCCAAACUGGGCAACGUUGAGGCUCAGAAAGUCCUCAAAACAGCCAGCUGUGCCCUGGGCGUGGGCAUUGUCAACAUCCUACACACAGUGAACCCAUCGCUGGUGGUGCUGUCGGGGGUGCUGGCUGCCCACUAUGAGGACGGAGUGAAGGAGGUGAUUGCCCAGCGGGCACUGCCCUCUGCCAGGGCUGUAGACGUGGUGGUAUCCGGCCUGGCAGAGCCGGCAUUGCUGGGUGCUGCCAGCAUGGUGCUGGACUAUGGCACACGCAGAACCUACUAGACGCUGCUCCCUUCCUCCCUCUAUAUCCAUCGCCUCUCUAUUGAAUAUUUAUUGAACUCUAACGCCUAUUUCUAGUUCCCCCGCCCCCACCACUCUGCCUUUACCAUGUGGUAGUUUCCUGCCAAAACCACGUGCAACAAUUGUACUCUGGAUCAAACUCGAGGCUCAGAUCAGCCCAGACCAGGGUUGGGUCCUUCCCUGACCAAUCCCUCCUCAAACCAAUUGCCACAGUUUUUGAUCUAAUGGACUACCCUGACUGUGGCGUGAGUCUUCAGUACUAGUCCAAGUCUGAGCCAUUCCCCAUAUCUAUUCAUAACUUCAUUUAAUCAGGAUUUAAAUUUAAAAGACUAAGUGCUGGAGUAACUCAGGGGGUCAGGCAGCAUCAGUGCAGAACGUGGACAGGUUCCAUUUCGCGUUGAGACCCUUCUUCAGACUGAUGGAUUUGGGGGGAGAAAGCUGGCAUAGAGAGAGAGAGAGAUGUGAGGGCAGGACAAAGCCUGGUGACUGAUAGGUGGAUACAGGUGAGGGGUGGAGUAAGUGACAUGCUGGAAGUGAAAAGGAGACAAAAGGUGUCAGAUAGGGAGAGAAGAGGAGUGAAAUGUAAAGCUGGAGGGAGGGAUGUGGGUGGAGGGGGGGAGAAACUUUAUUUGUAAUGACACAGAGGAGGCCAUUUGGCCCGUCUAUUCCAUGCCAUCCCAGCAGAACAAUCCAGCCAUCCACAUUACCCCCUUUGCUCUCCACAUCCCUCACUCUCAGCAACUCUGAACUGAUGAAUAGCCUUUGUCCCAGCACUAAUUUCCACAGGAUUCUGCUCUCCCUUGUAUUUAGUGUAGCUUAGAGAUACAGCACAGAAACAAGCCCUUCGGCCCACCGAGUCUGCACUGUCCAGCAAUCCCCGCACAUUAACAUUAUCCUACACACACUAGGGACAAUUUACAAUUAUACCAAGCCAAUUAACCUACAAAUUUUUGGAGUGUGGGAGCAAACUGUAGAUCCCGGAAAAAUCCCACGCGGUCACGGGGAGAACGUACAAACUCUGAUGGAACCCAGUUCUGUAGCACUGUAAGCCAGCAUCUCUACCGCUGUGCCACCGUGCCGCCCAUAGUCUAAUCAUGCAGCACAGAAACAGACCCUUCGGCCCAUCAUAUCUGUGCCAACUGUCACACCCAUCCACACUAAUUCCAUUGAAAUAACUGGUGGAGUUAACUCAUCCAGUGAGGCUUUAUGGGUGAAGCUGAGAAAUAAAAGUGAUGACCAUCUUGUUGGGGGUGUAAUACAGGCCCCCAAAUAGUCAAUGGGAAUUAGACGAGCAAAUAUGCCAGGAGAUUGCAGGCAGCUGCAGGACUAAUAAGGUUGUUGUAGUGGGGUUUUGUGGCCAAAGAAUGCCUGGGAAGUGGGAUGCUUUUAAAAGAGUGAUGACAGGGGUUCAGGGCAUGCGUGUUCCUGUUAGGUUGAAGGGCAAUGCGGGUGGGCAUCAGGAAGACUGGAUGACGAGAGACAUUGAGACUCUGGUCAUUAAACAAAUAGCCAUGUGGCAAUGCUGUGGCAGAGUUAUCAGUGGGACAAUCGACCAGCGAGUGUCCUUGCAGCAUGGGCAUGGGCAGGUGAUCUAUGCCCGCAUGUAGAUGGGGGCACCCUGACCAUAGACAAGGAAGGUGGGACCCGUGUAGAUAGAUCGGCACCCUGGUGGGCAUGGGCAGGUGGGGCCGAAAGGCCUGUUCCCGUGCUGUAUGACUCUGUGACCAGCACUCAACAGUGUUCAUGCUGGUAUUUAGCUGCAGGGCCACAUGUGAGCUUUAGGGUUUUAUGGGUGGCAGGAACUUGCCCACACUGUGCCUCACCCUGGGGAUCUUCCCCUCCGUGCAGCCCCGCUCCUGGUGUAGAGUUUGUUGCCCUCGGGGGCAGGUAGUUGAACUGAGGCCUGGCUUUCCCUCUGCCCUCCCCCUCCUCCAGCACGUCUACAACCUGCCACACACAUCCUGGCCUUGGGCAGGUGAUCUAUACCCGCGUGAGUGAGUGUGGAGCUGGUUUAGUGUAAUCAGUCUGGGACCUGCCGGGAGGUUGGGAAAUUGAAGGGCGUCUUUGUAAAACUCAAGCUGAGGAUGAAGCUGUUGUGUGGUGAUCUCCCCCUCUGUCGGCCCAUCAAUGGGACCAACACUGGUGGACAAUCAGCUGUCUGAAAUGUAUCUGCUUUGGCCAUUGAGUGGUGAGUGUUUGGAGUAAUUACUGACGUGCCAUGCUCUGGUUACAGACUGCUUGUCCUUUAUCCAUACCCUGCCUUCAACCUGCCGCCCUGCACCUCCCUUUCUCAUUUAUUCAAAUGACUAUUGUAAAUAGAUGAAAAUUUGAAAUAAAAACACUAAAAUAAACUG